AUGGAGACCCUUCCUACACUACGAAGAUGCCUCUUAGCUCAGUGUCGACGAUCAUCUCGACCACUCUCGCCAGUGUAUCUUGAUUUCCUCGCACCCACAGUUGUGCGCGCCCAGCGACGACAUGCGUCAACCGGCACCACCGGCAGCACCAAACCUCGAUACACUCUCAGCAAGAAGCAGAGAGAGUACCUUGAAAGCGCCCUGCGAGUGAAUCAGGCUGGAGAAGUCGCCGCGACCCUGAUUUACAUCGCUCAAACACCCCAGAUUGUCCGCUCGCACCCUCAUCUUAGGCCGUUGAUGAAGCACAUGUACGAUCAGGAAGCAGGCCACCUGAAGACAUUCAACGGACUCAUUGCGAAGCAUCAGAUUCGUCCGACGGCCAUGUAUCCGCUAUGGCAUGUGGCCGCGAGUUUCCUCGGAUGGUCGACAGCCGCUUUGGGCCGUGAAGCGGCUAUGGCAUGCACCGAGGCAGUGGAGACGGAGAUCGGAUCGCACUACAAUGAUCAAGUGAGGGAGAUUUUGUCAUGGGAAGCGGAUGCUGCCAGGCGUGGGGAAGAGUUGGAUGAUGAGUUGAAGGAAAUGCUGUCCAUUUUCCGGAGGAUUCGCGAUGAGGAGCUCGAGCAUUUGGAUCAUGCUGUGGCCAAUGAUUCCAAGGAGGCCAAGCCUUAUGAUCCUUUGGUUGAUUUCAUUCGAUUUGGCUGCAGAACUGCCAUUAAGAUCACCGAGCGGGUUUGA